AUAGCCUUUCCAGUUGAUUUAAAUACGUUGUUAAACCCUAGCUUCGCGAUUGCUUGUCUCCCGCCAUUUCCGUUCUAGGGUUUUUCGUCUGAUUUUCAGGUUUGAGUGUUUAGCAACGAUGUAUCUUCAGUUUUACAUAAACGAUAAUGGCGACAAAGUCUAUACCACAAAGAAAGAAUCGCCUCUAGGUUUGGUCACACAAUCUGCGCAUCCAGCCCGUUUCUCCCCUGAUGACAAAUACUCGAGGCAGAGAGUACUUCUUAAGAAGCGAUUUGGCUUGCUACCCACGCAGCAUCCACCUCCAAAGUACUAAGCCGACUGCGUUAUCAAAUCAGUUGAUUCUUCUGUUUAGUCACCCCCCCAAAUAGUAGAUCGUGACUUGAUGAAAGUUUGAUCUGUGGCUUGUAAUCGAGCUUUAAAGCACAAACCAAUGUUGAACCUUUCUUUAAGCUUGGCUUUAUAUUGGCAUCGAACUUUAUUUUACCGAAAGCAAACUUAUCUACUUUGAAGAACUGGUUAAUGCAAGAUGAUGGACCUUUUUUUCAUACUUUUUU